AUGCGGCUUAGAGCUACCGAGAUUAUUUGGAUAUCGUUCAUAUUGAUAGCAUUACUAGCUACUCAAGCAGAGGGUUUUUGUAUCUUCCUUUGCGAUGAUGAUGGAGAUAAAUCAUCAUCUUCUGAAGUGGGUCCCUCGACAUCAGAUACAGCCUCAGCAACAUCGGAUAAUUCAGCACUACCAACAUCCUCUGCCGAUCCUACCAGCUCUAAUGGACCUCAGCCUUCGUCGUCUGCUGAACCAAGCACACCUCAAUCAUCGAGUAAUCCCACGCCAAGCUCAAAAUCAGAGGAACCAUCAUCCACUUCUUCUAAGGAACCAACACCUACAUCAUCCAAAACGGAUGAUAAUGACUCUUCCUCGUCCACUGAUUCAGCAACAUCAUCUUCCUCGGCUUCUUCCUCUAGUAGUACUAGUCCCAAAUCGGAUGAUGAUGGUGACAACACCACUGCUAUUGUUGCAGGAUCGGUUGUGGGUGGUGUUGUAGCUGUGGGUGCCCUUGCUGGUGCUAUUCUCUUUGUUCGUCGUAGAAAAAGACACCAACAACGUGCCGAUCGAUUCCAGUAUAACAAUGGUGGUAACAAUACCAAUGGCAACAGUGAUAAUUUGUACGAGUCGCGACCUUCUCCUGCAAUGGCAGCUGCUGCUGUUGCAGCUGCAGGUGACAUUCAUCAUAAUCAAGGCCAUUACGACGACCAGUAUUAUCAUAAUGGAGGAUACUCACCCCAACCUCCUCCAGCAGCUGCAAUGGAUGCCUAUUAUUCACCUCCCAUGUCUUCUCAAGCUGUCAAUCCUGCCAUGAGCUAUCCCGAUGCUGCAAUUUCAGGUGCCUAUUACACUGCUCCACCACAACAACAGCAACAAUACUAUAAUCAGCAACCUUAUUACGAUCCUUACGCCAUGCAACCUGAACAACAAGUGGCGUCGCCCAUUCCAGGACAAGCUAUGGUUGCCGCUGGUGCCGCUGGUGCCGGUGUUGCUGCUGGUGCUGCUCAAUCCAAUGUUGUAUUUUCUCCACCUAAUGCAUACGAUGAGAAUGAGAGCAAUAAUGUGCAACCUGGUAAACAUCAGCUUGCAUCGCCAUCUAUGCAACAUGCACAGAUUCCCGCUCAACAGCAACAACAACAAUGGCAUUACGGAUAA